UCUAGGAAUGAGGGAAUUAGCAGUGGUGGACUCCAAUGAUCGUACUGUGUUCCUCCGGUUUUUAGAUGAACUAGCUGACAGCCAUAGAGAACAACUAUUUUUUGGGGAAAGGCAUUAUUCAUUCCUAAUGGCAACCUUUAUGGAAGUUGACCAAGCGUCGAGAAGCCUUUUAAGUACAGCAGCAACAACAAUCACAUUUCAUCGGUGCUUAGCAUGUCAUCAGUUUGACAUGCUUGAAGGUGUGCGCAAACGAAUUCAUAAUGAUUCAGCUUACGGUGAAGCGGUAAAAAAUGUUGUACUUCAUAGGAGGGAUGCUCAAAAUCCAGCCAACGAGUACAACACAGUUCAUCUACCUGCUGAAGCUUCUUCGAUCAAAUACAUGUACAACUAUCUGAAGCGCAGUACACCCGGCACAUCGCCAGAUAAAGUUGACAAGUAG